GAGAAAAAAAAAAUAAACGAAGCUACAUUUGGGUCUCCCCCGAUAUCAAUCUCUUUCUCUUCAUGCCAACAACAAUACUACACUCUACAAUACAACGCCAAACCCCUCUCUCCUCCAUUUUUCUCUCUCUUUCUCUCUCCUCACUUCACUUCGUCGCCAUUGAAGCUCCGCUUACCUAAGAUCUUCUCUCUCUCUCUCACACAUACACUUUCUCUCUCUGCAAAUUGUUGAUCCCUAACUUUUCAAUUUCGAAUUCGAUUUUGAUUUCUCGAUUUCAAUCUCAACACUCUUCACACUUGAUUGUCGGCAGAUUUAAUCUCUAAAAAUGCCUCUUCGCCUCAAUAUCAAGAGAAAACUUGCGCAAAGAUCAGAGAGAGUAAAGUCUGUGGAUCUACAUCCGACAGAACCAUGGAUUUUAGCGAGUCUUUAUUCAGGAACUGUUGUUAUCUGGAACUACCAGUCACAGACCAUGGCAAAGUCUUUCGAAGUCUCCGAAUUACCAGUUAGGUCAGCGAAGUUUAUUUCACGGAAACAAUGGGUUGUUGCUGGAGCAGAUGACAUGUUUAUACGUGUGUACAACUACAAUACUAUGGAUAAAGUUAAAGUUUUUGAGGCUCAUACAGAUUAUAUUAGGUGUGUAGCUGUGCAUCCCACACUCCCAUAUGUGCUGUCAUCAUCAGAUGAUAUGCUCAUUAAGCUCUGGGAUUGGGAUAAGGGUUGGGUUUGCACUCAAAUUUUUGAAGGACAUUCCCACUAUGUGAUGCAAGUCACUUUUAACCCCAAAGAUACAAACACCUUUGCUAGUGCAUCCCUUGAUCGCACCAUAAAGAUCUGGAAUCUUGGCUCACCUGAUCCAAAUUUUACUUUGGAUGCCCACGUAAAAGGGGUUAAUUGUGUUGACUAUUUUACCGGCGGUGACAAGCCAUACCUGAUUACUGGUUCUGAUGACCACACGGCCAAGGUGUGGGACUAUCAGACAAAAAGCUGUGUUCAGACUCUGGAAGGGCAUACACACAAUGUUUCUGCUGUCUGUUUUCAUCCUGAACUUCCCAUAAUAAUCACUGGUUCUGAGGAUGGAACAGUUCGCAUAUGGCAUUCAACUACUUACAGGCUUGAGAAUACCCUUAAUUAUGGUCUUGAAAGGGUUUGGGCUAUCGGAUACAUGAAGGGAUCCCGUCGUGUUGUGAUAGGAUAUGAUGAAGGAACAAUCAUGGUGAAAAUGGGUCGUGAAAUACCUGUUGCUAGCAUGGAUAAUAGUGGAAAGAUUAUAUGGGCAAAGCAUAAUGAGAUUCAGACUGUGGAUAUCAGGCGUGUUGGUGCUGGUUAUGAGGUGACAGAUGGUGAAAGGUUGCCUUUGGCAGUGAAGGAGUUGGGUUCCUGUGAUCUUUACCCACAGUUUUUAAAGCACAAUCCAAAUGGGAGGUUUGUUGUGGUAUGUGGAGAUGGAGAGUACAUCAUUUAUACAGCCGUGGCUUGGAGGAAUAGGUCAUUUGGUUCAGCAUUGGAGUUUGUUUGGUCGUCUGAAGGAGAAUAUGCUGUUAGAGAAAGCACUUCCAAGAUCAAGAUUUUCAGCAAAAAUUUCCAGGAAAAGAAGAGUAUCAGACCAACUUUUUCUGCAGAGCGGAUAUAUGGUGGAAAUUUGCUGGCUAUGUGUUCAAAUGAUUUUAUUUCUUUCUACGACUGGACUGAAUGCAGAUUUAUUCGGAGGAUAGAUGUCAAUGUUAAAAAUCUUUACUGGGCUGAUAGUGGUGACUUAGUGGCUAUUGCUAGUGACACAUCUUUUUACAUCCUUAAGUACAAUCGUGAUGCUGUGUCUUCCUAUGUGGAUAGCGGAAAGCCAAUAGAUGAGCAGGGAGUGGAGGAUGCAUUUGAGCUCCUCCAUGAAACAAACGAACGUGUGAGAACAGGAUUAUGGGUUGGAGAUUGUUUCAUUUACAAUAAUUCCUCUUGGAGGCUCAAUUACUGCGUUGGUGGUGAGGUAACCACAAUGUUUCACUUGGACCGUCCAAUGUACUUGAUGGGCUACCUUGCCAGUCAAAGUCGGGUUUAUCUUAUUGACAAAGAAUUCAAUGUGAUAGGAUACACUUUACUUCUUAGCUUGAUUGAAUACAAGACUCUUGUGAUGCGUGGAGAUUUCGAUCGUGCCAAUGAAAUUUUACCUACAAUUCCAAAGGAGCAUCAUAAUAGUGUGGCUCGGUUCCUUGAAUCACGUAAUAUGGUCGCAGAGGCUCUUGAAGUGGCAACUGACCCUGAUUAUAGGUUUGAGCUCGCAAUACAGCUCGGCAGACUAGAGGUUGCAAAGGAGAUAGCUACGGAAGUUCAGAGUGAGUCAAAGUGGAAGCAGUUGGGAGAACUGGCCAUGUCUACAGGAAAGUUUGAAAUGGCAGAAGAAUGCCUGAAGCAUGCAAAGGAUUUUAGUGGCAUGUUGCUGCUUUAUUCUUCAAUUGGAGAUGCGGAGGGAAUUUCAACACUCGCUUCCUUAUCUAAAGAGCAAGGGAAAAAUAAUGUUGCUUUCCUUUGCUUAUUUAUGCUGGGUAAAUUAGAAGAGUGUCUUCAGCUAUUGAUAGACAGUAACCGAAUACCCGAGGCUGCUUUGAUGGCACGUUCGUAUCUUCCCAGCAAAGUUUCAGAUAUUGUUGCAUUAUGGAGAAAGGAUCUUAGUAAGGUGAAUCCAAAGGCUGCAGAGUCAUUGGCAGAUCCUCAGGAGUAUCCUAAUUUGUUCGAGGAUUGGCAAAUUGCUCUUGCUGUUGAGUCUAGAGUUGCUGAAGAAAGGGGCAGUUAUCCUCCUGCUGAGCAAUACCUGCAAUAUGCUGAGAAAUCAAAAAUUGAUCUUGUUGAAGCCUUUAAGAGCAUGCAGGUAGAGGAAGAUCAACCCCUCGAAAAUGGUGAUGCAGUGCAUGAAGAUGAGGUACAUGAAGAUGACGUGCAUGAAGAUGAGAAUGGAGCAGAUGAAAGUCAGGAAGAGGGUGUUGUUGUAGAUGCUGAUUCGAAUGAUGGUGCUGUGCUGGUCAACGGUAACGAAACCGAAGAAUGGGGUACGAAUAAUGACGGAACCCCAUCAGCUUAAGGGCAAUUGGUUGGGCCAGUGUUGAAAAUCCAAAUUUUGUCUCUGUGCUUACUCAACAUCCAUAAGGUCCCUUGUAAAAUUGCUGGUUUUGGCUGUACACAUCUCCUUGCUUAAGGUUUUUGGACAGGAUUGCAGGUUAAGGGACUGGAUUGUUCACGGUGUUGCUAUUAUUAGGUGGUUUUGUAGCGCGCUUGGAAGUUCCAAUGGAGGGCCACAUUUUAGACAGUUUUUCCUGUUUCUGUUGUUCUUUUAGUUAAUUUUUCGUAGGAUAUUCUUUGUGGCCUUCUCCUUACCGUCCCGAAAAAGUAGUAAAAUAUAAACUGCCAAUGUGAAUGUAGAAAGGCUUUUCUUUCCUUUUAUAUAGUAUGCAUGGUUGUUAGAUCAACCCACAAUAUUUGAUCUUCAUAUAUUUGGUUUGCGCAUUGUUGCGGCAAAAUAGGAUGUUUCCGAAAAGGCUUGUUAUCUAAAGCAUUAUUACCCGAACGUAUUUUAAGUUUAAGCAAUUUUCUUAAAUAGUGUAAUAGAGUUUUGUUUCAUGAGGGAGCAAAAUGAUAAAUGUGUAUUAGACUGAUUAUCCUUUUA